AUGUUUUAUCGUUAUGUGACUAGGCGGUCUAAAAUUGGCUUGGAAAAAGCAACAUGCAAACAAACAAAUAUUAUAACUAUCUCUUUUUCCUCUUGGGCCUUAUCUCUGGAACCUUUGCUGACUGCGACUACUCUGCCAGUGGCUGCUCGUGCCCUUCAAAUACCGUCGGAGCCAGUUCUAAAAACCCUACUAGUGAUCUUAAUUAUUGUUACAGUGAUAUCUGGCAAUGUGCACCCAAAGCUACCAGCAAGUGCCGAUAUGGUCCUUGCACGUACGGCUGUUGUGGGACCGGUGAUGGAAAAAGCUACUGCUGCAAGGACAGUGCAUGCUCUGGCAGCCGAUUACGCGGGACAAUAUUGUCAAAACCCAAAUCCAGAAUAUCAUAAUUACGAUGGCGAGGGUGGAGAUUGUACCAAUUUUGCUUCGCAAGUUUUAUAUGCGGGUGGUAUUCCUACGGAUAGUGUCUGGUAUCCCUACUCUUAUCCGUGGAUUAGGGUGAUAGAACUUUAUAAUUAUCUCACUAGUCACAACUUGGCAAAAACAUGUCAGUUGAAUGAAUUGCAACCAGGUGACUUGAUACAGUAUCACAACCCACAAAAUGGAUGGCAUCAUACAGUUAUCGUUGUAAAAGCAGGCACAGACCCUACAGUGGAUUAUCAUAGUUCAUUCAAAUGUAAUGUACUUCAUAGUUAUGUUAAAGUUGCAACACUACAACUUUGCAAAAAACAAUUACUGGUGGCAAGCUUAAUCACAAAACGACCUGAUCACUCAAAAGUAGUUAUUGACACAGGCAAUGGAACACCAUUAAAUUUUACUUGA